UCAUGUCAAAUGGCCACGUCAUUUUGGCUUGAAUGAGAGGCAUACGCGGCGAUCUUUUAAUUAAUUGUAUAACGAACAAAUAAUAGAAACAUGAAUAUAUUCCGUUUGCUUGGUGAUCUAUCCCACCUGUUAGCUAUAAUAAUAUUGUUAUUAAAGAUUUGGAAAUCAAGAUCAUGUGCAGGGAUAUCAGGAAAGUCUCAGAUUCUGUUUUCAGUGGUAUACACGACACGUUAUUUGGAUCUGCUUACAACUCAUGUGUCCCCGUAUAACACUGUCAUGAAGUUGGUGUUCAUCUUUACCUCCUAUGCAACUAUUUAUUUGAUGUAUGUCAAGUUUAAGGCCACCUAUGAUCACAACCAUGACACAUUCAGGAUUGAAUUUCUACUGAUCCCCACCUUUAUCUUGGCUUUAUUGAUAAACCAUGAGUUUACUGUUUUGGAGGUAUUGUGGACUUUUUCCAUUUAUUUGGAAUCUGUCGCUAUUCUACCUCAACUGUUCCUGGUUUCAAAAACAAGAGAGGCCGAAAGCAUUACCUCUCAUUAUCUGUUUGCUUUAGGUUCAUAUAGAGCUCUGUACCUCUUGAACUGGGUUUACCGUUAUGUUGUGGAGUCUCACUAUGAGUUGAUAGCGAUUAUCUCUGGUGUUGUGCAGACAAUUCUGUACUGUGAUUUCUUCUACCUUUACAUUACGAAAGUAUUGAAGGGAAAGAAACUACAGUUGCCAGCUUAAGUUUUUUGAUAAUAUCUGUUUAAAUGUUUUUGGUGUGAACCAAUAAAUUACCUAAGAUUUAGUUUGUAUAAACUUUGUCUGUUUUGUGCUAUUGUGAAAUUGUUUAUUAACUAAUCACAAUGUAUGAUUGUAAUACUGCAACAAAAUGAAUGCAGUCACAAGCAAUAAAUAAUUAUUAUAUGGUAUUUAGGAUUUUUUAAUUUGGUACAACAAAUGUAAAAAAGGAUAAAAUUAUUACAAGAAAAUUCCUAGGAUUUCUUAUGUAUGUUUGAAGUACUAUGGACUAAUAUGUAUUUAAAAUUAUAAUUACGUAAGUGGUGGUACUUGAGGUAAGAAAAAAUGCAGUCAGUAAGUAUAUACACAAGUGUAGUUCAUUAACAUCAAAAGUAUGGCUGUUUGUGGCAUUCCAUUUUUAACUUCCUGUCCUGAUCAUUAAAUUCCCUAAAGUGGUAUGUACCAUAUUAUUUUGCCCUAAUAAUCGAUAAUUCAGAACUUGUCUGUUUUGUAAGUGUUUAAAGACACCUUAAUUUUCGUAUUCUGUAUUGGAAUAAAUUUAUAGAGUCAUAA